UGUGCUUCCCUUCAUUCUCCACCCCAACAUGCUGGCGAGGGGAGGAAGAGGAGGAUGCUGCGCUCUACCUUUGGUGCGUUCCUGCCACCUCUCCGGCCAGCGCGCACUGCCUCUGACUCAGAGUCAGCCUCAGCUUUCAGCUGUCUCCGCCUAAAGGACCUAAGAGAAGAAGUGAAAGAGGAACCGAAAAAAAACCUGGAGCUCAGGAUCUCUGACUCUGGGGUCCCCAGCAGGAACAACAGCCGGAGUACAGAAAAGAACAGCAACUGCUCCUCUUCAGUGGUGGAAACUAUUAAUACCUCAGCAGGGACCUCCACCUCCUCUUCCUCUGGUUUCCCUCCUGUCUUCUCCCUCCUCUCAGCUCCAAGCUCCAUGUGGCAAGAGGCAAUAAGGAGGAAGCGGUAUUUCCUUGACCGGGCAGGGGAGUCUGAAGUGGAUAAAGGAGGAGGUGGUGAGGAGAAGAGGAACAGGUCCCCGGAUUGGCUAUAUGAAUCCUACUACUGUAUGAGCCAGCAGCAUCCUCUCAUUGUGUUUUUGCUUCUCAUAGUGAUGGGAGCCUGCCUGGCUCUGCUGACUGUAUUCUUUGCUUCAGGGCUGAACGUCGUGGAUCAUGUGGCCUUUGUAAUCACUGUGCCCACUGCACUGGCAAUAUUCCUGGCAGUGUUUGUGCUCGUCUGCGUUGAGUCCAUCUUCAAGAAGCUUUUACGUGUUUUCUCCCUGGUCAUCUGGGCUUGCUUGGUUGCCAUGGGUUACCUUUUUAUGUUUUCUGGUGGAAUCAUCUGUCCAUGGGAUCAGGUGUCUUUCUUCCUCUUCAUUGUGUUUGUGGUUUACACCAUGCUGCCGUUCUCUAUGCGGGAAGCCAUCAUUGCCAGUGUUCUGACAUCCGCCUCUCACACCAUUGUGCUGAGUGUCUGCCUGUCUCCGACAGCUGAUCACGUGGAGCCAAUAGUUUGGCAGAUUCUGGCCAACAUCAUCAUUUUCAUGUGUGGCAACAUGGCUGGGGCGUACCACAAGCACCUGAUGGAGUUGGCCCUUAAACAAACUUACCAAGACACCUGCAACUGCAUCAAGUCCCCAAUUAAACUGGAAUUCGAGAAGAGACAACAGGAGCGCCUCCUCCUGUCUCUGCUGCCAGCGCACAUCGCCCGUGUCAUGAAAGCUGAGAUCAUCCAGAGACUGAAAGGACCAAACUUUGGCCAGACAGAAAACACAAACAAUUUUCACAACCUCUACGUCCAGAGACACACAAAUGUCAGUAUACUUUAUGCUGAUAUAGUUGGAUUCACGCGGCUGGCCAGUGACUGCUCACCUGGAGAGCUGGUGCACAUGCUCAAUGAGCUGUUUGGCAAAUUUGAUCAAAUUGCUAAGGAAAAUGAAUGCAUGCGGAUCAAAAUCCUUGGCGACUGUUACUACUGUGUUUCUGGCCUGCCGGAGUCGCUGCCAAACCACGCCAAGAACUGUGUGAAAAUGGGGCUGGACAUGUGUGAGGCUAUCAAGAAAGUGCGAGAUGCCACCGGGGUUGAGAUCAACAUGCGUGUUGGGGUGCAUUCUGGGAAUGUUCUGUGUGGCGUCAUAGGACUUCAGAAAUGGCAGUACGAUGUUUGGUCGCAUGAUGUCACGUUGGCUAAUCAUAUGGAAGCAGGAGGGGUACCUGGGAGAGUGCACAUCACCUCAGAGACCCUGGAGCACCUGAAUGGUGCCUACAAGGUGGAGGACGGGGAUGGACAAGAGAGAGACCCUUACCUGAAGGAACACGGCGUCAUCACUCACCUGGUUAUCAACCCAAAGGUGGAGCGUCGGAGCCCACAGCAUCAUUUCCGUCCCAGACACACCCUUAAUGGAGCAAAGAUGAGAGCCUCCGUCAGGAUGACCCGCUACCUGGAGUCGUGGGGGGCGGCCAAACCCUUCGCCAACCUUCACCACAGAGACAGCAUGACCAAUGAGAAUGGGAAGAUCAGUACUGCUGAUGUGCGAAAGGGGCAGUAUCACUUCCAGAGAAGAUCAGAAAGGACAAAGUCUCAGAAGAAACGCUUUGAAGAAGAAUUCAAUGAGAGGAUGAUCAGAACAUUCGAUGGGAUAAAUUCACAAAAGCAGUGGCUCAAGUCUGAGGAUAUUCAAAGAAUAUCAAUGUUUUUUCACAACAGAUCACUAGAGAAGGAGUAUCGCGCAACAACUUUGCCAGCCUUCAAAUACUAUGUCACCUGCGCCUGUUCGAUAUUUUUCUGCAUUUUUAUUGUACAGAUUCUGGUCCUGCCAAAGACAGCUGUCUUGGGAAUAUCUUUUGGAAUGGCCUUUCUUAUCCUAACCGUGAUCCUCUUCAUAUGUUUCAUUGGACACUUCCUUCACUGCAGUAAGAGCGGAUCUGCUUCUUGGAUGUGGCUGCUGAGGUCAUCAGUUAUUAUUGCCAACAAACCGUGGCCCCGCAUCACUCUCACCAUGACAACCACAGCUCUAAUACUCAUAAUGGCAGUCUUCAACAUGUUCUUUUUGGAAAACAACGUGUUGGCUCCAGUUGCUGUUUACAAUUCUUCUAAUGAAACACUUCUUUACCCUAAUGAGCAACUUAUCUCCUUCACUGGCAAAAACAAUUUCUACCUUCCAUACUUAAUUUACAGUUGCAUCCUGGGCCUGAUCUCCUGCUCAGUGUUCCUGAGGAUAAACUACGAGCUCAAGAUGAUUAUUAUGCUGACAGCAGUGGUGAUUUACAACAUAAUUAUUCUACAAACACAUGCCUCUUUGCUGGAUGAAUACAGCAGAUUUUUGUACAAGACUGAGAGCUUGGACAGACCAGGAGUUCUCAAAGACCUGAAGUCCAUGGGCUCUAUCUCCCUCUUUAUCUUUUUCAUCACGCUGCUUGUGCUUGCGAGACAGAAUGAAUAUUACUGUAGGUUAGACUUUCUGUGGAAAAACAAGUUCAAGAAAGAGUGUGAAGAGAUUGAAACGAUGGAGAAUCUCAACCGGGUUUUGCUGGAGAAUGUCCUGCCCGCACAUGUUGCAGAACACUUCUUGGCUCGCAACUGGAAGAAUGAGGAUCUGUACCACCAGUCUUAUGACUUGGUGUGCGUCAUGUUCGCCUCCAUCCCAGACUUUAAAGAGUUCUACACUGAAUCAGAUGUCAAUAAGGAGGGUUUAGAGUGCCUCAGGCUCCUCAAUGAAAUCAUUGCUGACUUUGAUGAGUUGCUUUCCAAGCCUAAAUUCAGUGGAGUUGAGAAGAUCAAGACAAUCGGUAGUACUUACAUGGCUGCUACCGGGCUCAAUGCUUCACCUGGACCAGAGUAUACAGCCCAGGAGCAUGACCGGCAGUACAUGCACAUAGGAACCAUGGUCGAGUUUGCGUUCGCCUUGGUGGGAAAGUUGGAUGUCAUCAACAAACACUCCUUCAAUGACUUCAAACUCCGAGUUGGUAUUAACCACGGUCCAGUGAUAGCUGGAGUCAUCGGGGCCCAGAAACCACAGUAUGAUAUCUGGGGCAACACGGUGAAUGUGGCCAGCAGAAUGGACAGCACUGGAGUCCUGGGGAAAAUCCAGGUGACGGAGGAGACGUGUCGCAUCCUCCAGACUCUGGGCUACAUGUGCUCUUGUCGAGGAAUCAUCAAUGUCAAGGGCAAAGGAGAACUCAAGACUUUCUUUGUGCACACAGAAAUGACUCGCUCGCUGUCCCAGGGCAAUGUUAUGCCCUAAUACCGGUUCUGAAUGUUCUACUUUAAACAGGCACAACGAAUGGGCAUGGAUCUCCUAUUGAGGAGUUUUAAUUGGGUCAAGAACAUUGUAACAAGAAGCAACUGUGAGCCAGGAGGGAAUUGGAUCUUGACAGCGAGGAGGAGGAAAUCAAAUUUUACAGUGACACUGCAAAAUAUCUAUGCCACAGCUGUAAUGUACAUUUAUUCACUGAUGUAACUGAGCAUGAACAGCAAGUGCGCAGUUACCCCUAAAAAAUACACUGUAAUAUGAAUGUUGGAGCCAAAACAUCUACAGUGGCAUAAGCCAGUCAGAAGAAACCAUAUUCAGGUUUAGUGAGACAGAAAACUCUAAUGGUCUAAAUCACUUUUCAGUUCUGGGAGGCCUGUGCAGUUGCUGCACCACAGAAAUCCCCCUUUCAUUCACGGCAUAAAAGCAGAUCUCUCUCUGAGGGAUUCAAGAAUCAAGUCCGCUGGAGAAUAAUGCACAAGAGAAAGUCAAGUAUCAAAUUAUAUGGAGUCAAAUUUCAACACCUUGUCUAAAACAUAAAGUAAAAAACCUCUCAUAGGGAACAAGCACAGAGCUCCCGGAGACAUGAUGGUUUUAUGAAUGUAUACGUUUGUGCUCCCCUUGCAAAUUUUGGGGGUAACACAAAUGAUCUGAUAUUAAAAUCAAAGGGCAAACCUAUCAGACCACUAUUGCAAAGGUGAAGCUUGUGUUGUUUAAAAGAACCAAACAAACAAAAAAACAAACAAACACAGGCAGCCAGCAGAUGUAAGUCGUGUAUAUAAGUCCAUAAAUCUUGCUAGAAGCACCAAGUCUUGGAUGUUUUUCUACUGGGACGACAAGAAGAAAAACGAGUGUGAAUGUUAUAUUCACACAUGGCCAAGUUUUCCAAAGUUGCCUUUGCACUUCCAUCAUCUGCAUUAUUUGAGGUCUGUUGUAUGUCAGAUUUGUUAUUUUCUGCUUAAACAGAAAAUCUGUGGCCAGAUGCAUAAGCAGCUUGAGGAAUGUAUAGAAAUCAUGCAUUUUAGGUUUUUAUGCACAAUUGUUAAAUCAAAGAUAUAGAUCCCAAAUCUUGGAGGAAAGCAUUUUGUUCUUUUUCUUCUGGUAGUUGUAUAACUAUACAGAGCAAAUCUAAGUUGCAAUGACACGGCUUUAAUUGAUCUUUGUCUGUACUUUAAUUAUCAUUGUAAAAUCUGAUUCCUGUACCACAAUGAUUUAUGAAAGAGAACCAGCUAUAAAUAUGGCUUCAGUAAUCUGACAAAAACAGUACAAAUGAAUGUUAUGCAUCUGGCCCCUGGGUUGUGUCUACUCGCUCAAUUUAUAGUCCACUAUGUAGUGAGGUGACAUUUUCUUUGUGUCAUUGGAGAUGUCAGCUGUAACUUUUUUUACUAUAUGGUACGCUGCAAAUGUGUCAUGUGCUGUACUGAAAGUAGUGAAUACAAUCUCAGUUGGACAACACCAUCAUGCAUUCCUGCCUGGAGCCAGCAGUAGUUUAGUUAAUGGAGCAUGCUAACACCAAGUCUCUACAGCGCUGUCAUUUUUUAAGAAUGUUUGAGUGCAUAACUCCUCAACCAUCUACACCAAGAAACUGCUGGUUUUCUCUUUUGCCUGAGCCUCAGGAUUGAGAAAUAAUAAGGAAAAUAUGUUGUGAAACUAUAAUUGGAAAUUUGUUUGUAAGAUAAACUAAAUGACUGAUGGGAAUAAGCUGUUUAUAUUGACCACAUUUGAAGUGUUUGCAUGCAAGCUACAGUAAAGGGGCUACUAUGUCUCAAUGUUUUUUGGGGGUGGAUUAUAUUAAUCUAUUAUUAAUUAAUUAAUGAAGAUUGAUCUACACCAAUCAUCUAAAACAUUAUGACACCUAUCCAAUAUUCAGCAGGUCCUCCUCAACUCAGCCGAGCAGCUCUCACUAGCAGGGUGUAGACAAACGUGAGGGUCUCCUGGGGGGUUAACCACUAAUCAAUUAUUCUAUAAAAGAGAGUCUGCUAGAAACAGCAAAGCUGGGAUCACAUAAUUGGGACUAUGAUGGUGAUUAUCAACUGGAUUAGUAAAGCCUGCUUCCUGGCUCAGGUGCGGUGCGCAUACCAAGGGGCAUGACACAGGUCAUUUGAUAUUCCUAAACAAAAUUCACUGAUCUCCUCUGCACCUACUUUAGAGUUACUCAUUCAACACCAACUUCUGCGCAAAAGGGGGGGGUACCUGGUUUAAGUUAAAACACCUGCAGGACCAAAAUAAUAAUAUAUGAAGGAUUUUACACAUACGGUAUUUAAAAAAACUAAAUCUGAACAUAACCUGCCCCGUAGUGGGUUAUGACUGAGGAGGCACUGAACUACGGGAGGAGGAGAGUGACUGGUUUGUAUAAGAGUUAAAGUAGGUAACAUUUGUCAAAAUAGCAUUUAUUUUUUAAAGCCAGGAUGCAGUUUUCACUGAACAAAACAUUCCAUGCUCCUUGUUGAUUUUAUGGCUGUUGAGUUUACGGUUACAGUAGCAGUCUAUUCUUGUGCAUGCAGAUAAAUCAAAAUCAAAACAAAGCAGUUACAGGUGUCCAGUGUUUUAUGAUAAACAAUUUUGUCAGUAUUGAGAUAGAGAUGUCAUUUACAAUGUAUUCUCAACCAAAGCCAACAAAUUGGUGUUAUCCAUCACCUCAGAUUUGGCGUGUAUUUGUUUUUGUGACACAUUACUGAACAUCUGGUACAUCAUUUUAAAGCACCGCUACAUUCAAGUAGUGUCAGAAA